AUGAGAGCCCCGCUGCUGCCGCCGGCGCCCGUGGUGCUGUGGCUGCUGAUCCUCGGCUCAGGUCCCUCUGCGGCUGGAUUGGAACUCAAUGACACCUACUCUGGGAAGGGAGAAUCGUUUUCAGGGGACCACAGCGCUGACGGCCUUGAGGUCAUCUCUAGGAGUGAGAUGUCCCCAGGAAGCGAGAUUUCCCCUUUGAGUGAAACGCCUGCUACUGGUGACCUGUCCUCCGGGGCGGACGAUGACUAUUCAGAAGAGUAUGAUAAUGAACCACAAGUAUCUGGCUAUAUCGUAGAUGAUUCAGUCAGAGUUGAACAGGUAAUUAAACCCAAGAAAAACAAGGCAGAAAGUGAAAAGACUUCAGAUAAACCCAAAAGAAAGAAAAAGGGAGGCAAAAAUGGCAAAAACAGAAAAAACAAAAAGAAGAAAAACCCAUGUGAUGCAGAAUUCCAAAACUUCUGCAUUCAUGGAGAAUGCAAAUAUAUAGAGCACCUGGACGCAGUAACGUGCAAAUGUCAUCAUGAUUACUUUGGUGAACGCUGUGGAGAAAAAUCCAUGAAGACUCACAGCAUGGUGGACAAUGAUUUAUCAAAAAUUGCUUUAGCAGCCAUCACUGCCUUUGUCUCUGCUGUGAGCUUCACAGCUGUUGCUGUAGUUAUUACAAUCCAGCUUCGAAAACGAUGCUUCAGGGAAUAUGAAGGAGAAGCUGAAGAACGAAAGAAACUUCGACAAGAAAAUGGAAAUGCACCUGCCAUUGCAUAACUGAGGAUAACACAGGAUAUCGUAUUGGAGCAACUGCCAAGUCACAACUAUGAAUGAUGUGUUGGUCUGCUUUUCACUGGAUCAUAAGAAAAUGGC